AUUCAAAGAUAAAUAAAGUAUUAUUUUAUUAAAAACAAUUGAUUUGUUUUAGAAAAUAAAUAAAAAUGAAAUUUUUAGUAUUUGGUGUUCUUUUCUUCACUGCUCUCUACGCAUCGGAAGCGAUGACAAUAAGAGAGUCCAACUCCGACCCAAUUAAAGAGCACCUCUUGAAGGAAGUGUCAGACAUUUUAGACGAGACGAGGAAAGCGAUCGACACUUUGGCGAAG